AAGGAAGAAAAUCUAUGGACAGACAUUGAUCAGCUGUGAUUGUGAUAAUCCGAGAUAUCAGGUGAUAUGGAGUCAUCUGAAAAUACAAGUGAUGAUAAAAUUAUGAUAUAACGAGUGCCGUGAAUAGUUUUAGGCACUCUUGUGACGAUACCUGAAGCUCUGAGCGUAGGUGUUUGAAAACUAUGGGUUGAAUGUCGAAAAAUAAAUACAUAAAGAAUGCCUAAUUCAAUAUGCGACAUCCAGAAGCAUCAUUGGACAGAAUUCAAAUAUAUUUAGAAGAAUUAGAACAAUUAAAUAUUUUUUUUUUGUUUUUCUAUUGUUCCAAAAGAUUGUAUCAACAUGAGUAAUGUUACAUCAGGAAAAGUUCCAUUGCAUUCGGUCCUCAGGCUCAAUAAUAAUGAUGUCAAGGAAUUUAUUUGCGGUUGGGGUGCUGCUGUCAUCAAUGUCACUGUUACUUUUCCAAUUAACAAAAUCAUAUUUAGACAGAUUUUGGAAGGAGUGCCUGUGGGUGCCGCAGUUGGACAGUUGUCACGAGAAGGAAUAAGAUUGCUCUAUCGUGGAAUUUUGCCGCCUCUGUGCCAAAAGACCUUAUCUCUCAGCCUGAUGUUCAGCAUGUACGAAGGAUGCAAGCAGAGAUUAUAUUUCUUAACUGGAAGCAACGUACUGGCAAAAAUCCUAGCGGCGAACAUAGCUGGCACAAUGGAGGCUCUUCUCAUGCCGCUUGAGAGAGUGCAAACGCUGCUGCAGGAUUGGCGAUAUCACGAUAAGUUUAAGAAUACGCCCCACGCGUUCAGGUAUCUGUUGAUGAAUCACGGAGUAACCGAGUGUUAUCGCGGCAUGGUUCCCAUCAUAUACAGAAACGGUCUGUCCAAUCUGAUGUUUUUUACAUUGCGGGAUCAAUCGAAGGUGUUGCUGGGCGAGAAAGAGUCGCUGCUGACAAACUUUGUCAGCGGCGCCCUGAUCGGCGGCUUCACCAGCACGAUGUUCUACCCAAUGAAUGUAAUCAAGAUACACAUGCAGACGAAGAUAGGCGGUGACUUUGAGAAGUUCCUGGCUGUGACUCGCGAGGUAUAUGUUUCCAGGGAUCGAAGCAUAACUUCUUUCUACAAGGGUGUGCAUUUGAACUACAUGAGGUCUUUCAUUAGUUGGGGUGUAAUUAAUGCGUCGUAUGACUUCUUAAAAAAUAUUAUUUUCUAGAUGAUAUAAGAAAAAAAAUCUGGGAAAGAAUGUAUUUGUAUUUGUUUAGGAGAUACAUUUCACGCCGUAUUGUACAUUUUAAAAGAUAAUAGGGAAUUUUUUUUUAAAGAGAUGUGAAUAUCGCACAUUCUUUCUGCUGUAAAUAUGCAAGCAUGCGGAAGAGAAAAGAUCUCUAUUAUGUGUACAUGAAAACCUCUAGCACUCCAACAAAUAUUUGGAACGCUUAUUAACUGACUGACUUGCUCUUUUUUUAUCGAACAAGGAUAAUCAAAGAUAAAUUAGAAAAAAAAUAUCAACUUUUUUGUUUACAAAAUAGUUGUGUAAUUUGUAGAUAUAGAUAGGUGUAAUUAAUAUUUUUACAAGUCUAAUUUUAAUUUUAUUAAUAUAUUUGGAUAUAUU